CCAAUAUUCAGUCCUCAAUUUUCACCACGCGAGUCUGUUCGCAUUGCCAGUUUUGAAAGGUAGUCGGUAAGCAUCCGUUGACAGUCACAUGGAAAAUGCAAGGCGGUGGUGGGUCAUCCGUUUGCGUCGUGACGUCCUGCCGUGACUCUAUCCUUACUCUUCUUACUCUUCUCUUCCUCUCCGCAAUCUUCCUCCGACCGGUGGCUGACUUCUGCUAUACCUUUCACUUAGUCCCAUCUCAUUCUUUGAAUCAAUUCCACCACGGCAUACGAGCAACAUAUUGCUAGUACAACGUACUCCUCUCCUCAAAUCUGAUGGUAUAGCCUUGUGCGACCGACUAUCACAAUGGCAGGCCACCCAGUCAAGUACACGCCCCCGCCUUCGCCGCCUUCCCCGACAGCUUCCUACUACGAUGUCAGCGAUGACGAAGAAGACGAUUACAACACCAUCUCACACUCAACCUCUCGCCGAGGUGUCAAGCUCUUGUUCUCCAAGAGCAAAGUUUACGUCCACCCCACUCCCUCCUCCAAAGAUAAUAUCCCGGGUUUCAUCGCCUUGAUUCAACAAAAGCCCCUUCCCUCUGCCUCCGGUACCUUUACAGCUACAUCCCCUACGAAAGACAUCUCUUCCUACCUGCUCGCUUGGGUCCCUGAAUCCUCCCUCGGCGACGCCUACAGCACCUACGUCAAAGUCGACCUGUCCGACAGCGCCUCCCCUCCGCGCCAGAAAUACCUUGUACCGGCCCUGCCCACCACCACCACCUACAAAGACCCCAUCGGCCUGUAUGCUUUUGCUGUGCCGUUGUCAGAGAUAUACUCGCUCCUUGUGCGACCGCCAAGCCUAGGAUGGUGGUUCGGGAGUCUUGUGAUCAACACCCGCGCCGGCGAUAGCUUCCCCGCUCUAUUCUUCCAUGACAGCGAGUGCGAGUCGACGAUUUUGCAGAAGAAGAAGCGAACCAGGGAGAGCUUCGACCCAUUUGGGGAGGAUGGCAGCGUGUUUUGGGGUGGGGACGAGGUGCUGCGAUGGCUUCGGAAAUACGUCGAGGUCCAGCGGUCUGCUCUAGACAGUAGCGUCUAUUUGAUAAAUCCAUCCGAGGAGGACCGCCUCUCUUUCGGGCAACAGCCGACCUCGGACGCGGCCAGGGGCUCUCAAGAUCAGGCACUCGCUCCAGCGCAGCCCGGUGGGAGCAGACAGCCAGAUGCCGGUAUGGAUCCGUUUGUGAAAACACUCAAGGAAGCCAGGUGGAAAGUCCUCGAGUCACUUAGCAAGAUCACCACUUUUACCAGGCGAACCGCAAAUGAAUUAGCGGACAACCCCAGAAUACCUCCCCAGGUUCGCCGGCUGAUGAGGACGCCUGAGAUACAGACUUUGCAGGACGAAUUUGACAGUGCCAGACUUUAUCUCGCUCGUUGGGCCAUGAGCAUCUCCGAACAGAGUGAACGAGAAAGGAAUCAACGGAUCUGGACCGCUCGGGAUGUGCUUGGCAUGGAGAACAGCUCUGUGGGCGAUUUUGAGAUACUGGAGCUGGAGACGGGGACUAUGUCUAUCCAAGAACGUCGAAAGAUCGUGACUUUAACAGAGUGGGAGGGCUUUUUCGACCCGAAUACGGGUCGGUUGCAGUUGACGGUCGAGGAGGUGAAAGAGAGGAUAUUCCAUGGAGGGCUGGACCCAAACGACGGAGUCCGAAAAGAGGCAUGGCUCUUUCUCCUCGGAGUGUACCCCUGGGACAGUUGCCGUGAUGAACGGCAGGCUCUGAUCAGCUCCAAACGAGACGAAUACAUUCGCCUAAAAGGCGCAUGGUGGGAGAAGAUGAUUGAAGGAGGCUCCACGGCAGAAGAGUAUGAUUGGUGGAAGGAGCAAAGGAACAGAAUAGAGAAAGAUGUUCAUCGGACAGACCGCACGAUACCCCUGUUUGCCGGCGAAGAUAUUCCUCACCCGGAUCCCGACUCACCUUUUGCUGAGACUGGAACGAAUGUGCAUCUAGAACAAAUGAAAGAUAUGCUCCUAACAUACAACGAGUAUAACCCGGAUCUUGGGUAUGUCCAGGGCAUGAGCGAUCUUUUAGCUCCAAUAUAUGCGGUCAUGCAGGACGAUGCCGUUGCAUUUUGGGCCUUUGUCGGUUUCAUGAAUCGGAUGGAACAAAACUUCCUCCGAGACCAAUCCGGCAUGCGCGCCCAGCUUACUACAUUAGACCACCUUGUUCAGCUUAUGGAUCCUCAGCUCUAUCUUCACCUACAAUCUGCCGAUAGUACCAAUUUUUUCUUCUUCUUCCGUAUGCUUCUGGUUUGGUACAAGCGCGAAUUCGAAUGGCCGGAUGUCCUACGUCUGUGGGAGACACUUUGGACAGACUAUCUGUCUAGUAGCUUCCACCUAUUCAUUGCGUUGGCAAUUCUCGAGAAACACCGAGAUGUUAUCAUGGACCAUCUCAAGCAAUUCGAUGAGGUCUUGAAAUACAUCAACGAGCUCUCGAAUACCAUGGAACUCAUCCCCAUCCUCACCCGCGCCGAAUCUCUCUUCCACCGCUUUGGACGAGCCGUCCAAGCUAUCGACAAGAAGAACAACUUCCCUGCUCCAUCUCCAGCAGCCUACCAACGCAAGCCCAACACAAGCCCCGCCACUAACGCCGAAAGUAACGACAGUACCAACAAGGGCAAAUCUCCAGAACGCCCUCAAACCACCGGUUUCACUACCGGCAGCAGCGUCACCGCCGGGUCCAGCAGCCGAACAAGCGACAAAGACCCUAAGAUCAUCUCCCCCGAACUGCGACAACUCUUCGCCAAGGACAUCCCAUGGGCUCGCAAGCCUCGUCCCGGCUCACAACCUGGGCCACAACAGGAGGGAGCCGCGUCUUCUGAGCGACGUUCGUAGAAGUCAAUCCGUCAGCUAGUAGCGAACUGGCCAACCCUCUCUAUGUUUUUAUGACUUGAUAUGAUACCUGUGAUUACCUGCCAAUAUAUUUUCGCAAAUUUUGUGAUGCCCUGUGACUUCAACUCUUCCGCCUUCUGUCGUGAGUUAUCUCGGGUCUGGUUUGGGCGUAUUGUUCAGUCGGAGGGUAGGAUUUUUGGAUGGGCAAGCCUGAUUAUUAUGUUUUACCUGAAAGAACAAAUUCAUAUUCUCUAC